AUGAUGGGCAUCAUUUCCACGACUCUGGCCUCCGUUCUGGCCGGAACCGCUCUGGCGCAGUCAUCUCCAAAUACCAGAGACGAGACCGUCACGGAACGUGUAUGGUCCUCUAUCGCAUGGGUUAUGCAUGGCGACCGGAGUCCUCUCGGUGUACCGGGCUCUCCCCCUACCCUGACUCCCCUAGGUGCUCAACAACUCCUUGACCGAGGCACAGUUCUUCGCAAUCGGUACAUAGUGGCUGCCCAUGAACCGGAAAGUUUCGACGUCUCCAAGCUCAUUGGAGCCAAGCUCGUGGGCCUGAGCACGAACGCCAUCGACAACACGCAGCUGGAUAUUGUUGCGAGCGCGGACAGUUACAACUUUCACAGUGCUCUGGCCUUCAUGCAGGGCCUAUAUCCCCCAUCAACACGGGUGUUUAAUGGGACAGACGGUAUAGCAGCUGCGCUGCUUGCCAAUACCGAAAUCUUGGAUUAUCCUCUGGAAGGAUACCAGUAUCCGGUUAUCAGGUCUCCGUCAGUCGACGACCCUGAAUCGGUUUCGGUCGACGCAAAUAAACUCUGCCCCCAGUAUCUGCACUCUUUGGACAGCUUCGAGAAUGACACGCACGUGGAAAGGUUCUACAACGAUACGAUAGCCUUCUACAAAGCCGAAUGGGAACGGAUCUUCCACGGCGACAACAUCCAGUACCCUGUGGGCUUGGCGGACUUCCAUCAUGCGUACGCAUUCUACGACCACGUCCAGUACCUCUACACGCACGACAACGCCACAAAAAGUCAACUAAAUUCCAGCUUUGUUGAUUACUUUGGCAGUCUCGCAGCUUCCGAGCAGCGCGAAAAGCACGGUAAUUUGACAGUGUCCGGAAGGGACGAAGGUGACAAGAUCCGUGCUGUUGCAGGCCGCACCAUGGCCGGCAAAGUCAUGAAGUGGUUCAACAGCAAUAUCCAGGCCCAAGGACACACCAACAAGCUCAACAUGGCUUUUACCUCCAUAGAGCCUUUCGUGGCAUUUUUCUCCUUGUCAGGGCUGAUGGAUGGGCCAUCCGGUCAUUUGUUUCAAAACCACGUCCCCAACCCAAGCGCAGCCAUUAUUUUUGAGCUCUUCUCUAAGGGCGGUAGCUACUCGGAAUACCCCCCCGAUGAGGAUCUCUGGGUCCGGUUCCUCUACGACGACGGCAAACGCGACUCUCUCCCACAAGAAUACGCCCUCUUCGGUAACGGCAACUCGCAAUCGGUAAUGCCACUCAGCGAGUUCAGGCACUCCAUAGGUCGGAUCGCUCUCAAUUCCUCCUCCAACUGGUGCGACACGUGCGACAGUCCUGCCUCUUUUUGUCUCGUAACCAAAGGCACCACCGAUGGCGACGACACAAGCGGUUCUGACCCCCAUUCACCUGCUGUCCAUGACAGUCAGGGUCUUAAAAUGGGCCCAACCAUCGCCGGUGCAAUCGGCGCCGCCUCAGCUGUCGCCGCCAUCGGACUCGGCCUCCUCGCAGCCACCCUCUGCGCCGGUCUGCGCUUCCACCGCGCCGGCUCGGAGAAAAGGCGAGAGCAGGAACGCAUGUUUCGCAUGAUGAAUCUGGGCAGCGCUUACAACAAUAGCCAGAAAAACAACAACCGGAACCCAGCAGAUGCCGACGUCACGUACGCCAAAAACGGAAUUCGACACGAGCGCGUAGGAAGCUGGGAGAUGCACAAUGGAUUCAGUACGAGCCCAUAUGGUACCAGCAACACCGGUAGUGCCGAUGCUGUUCUGGGUGGUACCAACAAGGAGGGCGGUGGCGGGCUCGGUCGUGUGUAUACGGGCAAUGGCAAUGAUGCUGGGUUUUACUCGCCUAGGCCUGGUGGCGGCACUGGCUCAAGCUCAUCGAAGCAGCGGCAGGUUAGCGUGGAUGAUGAUGAUCGGGCGAGUUACUUUGGGGCUAAGCCGGCGAAGCCGAGGGAUUUUACUGCGUGA